AUGCGUCUACUCGAUUUCGCGGCUCUGGCGCUUGUCAGUGGUACCGGUGCGUUCAAAGUCACAGAGCACGACAAAUUGGCAGCUCUUGGGCUUGCCAACGUUGGGAUCGAUGUAGCAAAGAAUGGCUACCCAAAUCCCGGCCAGUGCACACUGAAGAACGUAGCUGUUCGACGCGAGUGGUCAAUGCUUUCGAAGCCCGAGAGGCGGAACUACAUUGAUGCCAUCAAGUGUUUACACUCAAAGCCUUCUCUUACCCCUGCUUCCGUCGCUCCUGGAGCAAGGAGCCGCUUCGACGACUUUGUUGUGACACAUGUCUUGCAGACAUACUCUGUACAUGCAACUGCAAACUUCCUAUCAUGGCACCGAUAUUACAUUUAUGCCUAUGAGCAAUUGCUGCGCAACGAAUGUGGUUACAAGGGCUACCUACCAUACUACAACUGGGCAUGGUGGCACGAAGACCCAGCAUCAUCUCCCCUUUUCGACGGCAGUGAUACCAGUAUAUCUAAUGCUGGAGCCUACAUCCCCGACAGGAACUACACAUGCAUUCCAUCUGAAGCACAGGGAUGUCCUAUCAAGCUCCCGCCCGGAAGUGGCGGUGGCUGCGUUUCCGGGCCGUUAGCGAACUGGACCAUGUCUCUCGGGCCCAUCGAUAGCAAAGUUAAAGAUCUCAAGCCGAACCCGCAAGCUGAUGGUCUGGGCUACAACCCAAGAUGUUUAAGCCGGGAUGUGAACAAGCACUCUGCUUACGAGUCGAGGGACGAAGUCAUCACCGAACUUAUCAAGAACAGCAAAGACAUUCUCACCUUCCAAAACCGCAUGCAGGGUGAUUACCCCAACAAGUACAUGGGUGUUCACACCGCUGGUCACUACACCGUUGGAGGAGAUGCUGGCUCUGACUUUUUCAACUCGCCAUCCGACCCUGCCUUCUACUUCCAUCAUGCACAAAUCGAUCGCACGUGGUGGAUCUGGCAGAACCAAGACCUGAAGAACAGGAGAAAUGCGAUCGACGGCACCAUCACGUUCUUGAAUAGCCCACCGAGUCGCAACGGCACACUAAACGAUACGUUGACCCUGGGUCCGAUGCUUCAGGAUACAUUUGAGAAUAUCACGAUCAAGGAUGCGAUGAGCACGCUUGGUGGGCCGUUCUGCUAUAUCUAUGUGUAG